CGAUGCGAUGCGAUGCGAUGCGAUGCGAUGCGAUGCGAUGCGAUGCGAUGCGGGGCUUGAAGAGCCGAAGGGGCCUUAGGGGCCUUAGGGGCCUUAGGGGCUUUAGGAGCGAGGGACCGAAUCCUUUCGUUUCGACGGCUCACGUGGAUCUCCUCGUCCUUCAUGGCCAUAUAUGUAUGGCCAGCCGCACUUGACCUAUAUAUUAUUAUGCUAUUGGCGUACAAAUGUAACGCGUGUCGUUUGCGAGUGUACCCGCAGGGUUUUACCGAGGUUAAAUCUGAUUAAGAGUUUGUCGUAAGUUCUCACUCGCUUGUCUAUAUCUAUGUACUUAUUUAUCUACAUAUCCGUUUGCCAGUGAAUAAUCAAUCGUGUAUAGUACGUUCAAAGUUUUACGAUAAGUCAUAAGUUGCUCAUUCUGAUAUGAAGAUGAGAUAUAAGGUUUAAUCGGAAUGCCCUUCAAUCGAAUGUCUCAUUCUUGACCGGUAUUCAAGAAGGCCACGAGACCAUUGAGACCAUUGCCGCUUUGCCACGCACUGAACUUGGUCGCUGCUAUAAAACGGAUCGCGCACAGUAUGAAAGGUCAGUGAGUGAUGGUGAGUGACGAUGCGCUAUGCGCUAUGCGCGUACGCGCUAUUCGCUCGAAUCUCGCACAAUUUUGAUACAUUUGUGUUUUGAAUUACUUUUUUUUUUCCUUUAACGAAAAAGGAAGAUCGAUGAUGAAAUAUUAAUUUUAUCGUAAAGAGAAACGAUAAAGAGAUUACAAUCAAUAUACAUGUGUAUAUAUGUAUAUUAUAUUUUUGGUACAAGUAUACGAGAAGACAUACGUGUGAAAUUUAAAGGAAGAAUAUAAUCACCAAAGUGAUUACAGUUACCGACGUGCCGAAAGUUACAACUUGGAGAGAUAAUCGCUUUCAUCUGAUAAAAAAAUAUGGAUUUUCAAGUAUCUCGAGAAUUAAAAGACCAAAUUAACAAUCCGUUAUCCUCGCCUCCACGCAUAAAGAAAUCUGAGACAAAAGACAGCAUUUCUUCUGUAGACAGCGACGUAAGUCUUUCUUUCGACAAAAAGAGUUCUUUCAAGAGUGACGAAGCCGACUCAUCCGAUUACGAUAUCGAGAGCAGGUUUGUAAAGAAAAUGAAUACCGAUCAAGAUUCGGGUGUAGAUUGUGUGGAUGAUGUUACAACGAAAGAACCGAAGAAACAGAAGACAGAAGUGGCAAAUCUGAUAUCGCAAUCGUCAAUGGAAUCGUCAGUGGUCGCGAGAGCGACACAUGAUUUCGCGAUGCCGAAUGACGAAUUAGCCGAUAAGAUAUGCGCUCAGGUGGAAUACUAUUUUUCCGACGAAAAUAUUAUAAAGGAUGCGUUCUUGCUGAAACACGUGAAAAGAAACAAAGAAGGCUAUGUAUCCCUUAAAUUAAUAUCCAGCUUUAAAAAGGUGAAGCAUCUAAGCAGAGAUUGGAGAGUAGUUGGCGCGGCCUUAACAAAGUCUAAGAAACUCGAGAUUAAUUCGCAAGGGACCAAGCUGCGUAGAAUAAAUCCUUUACCACUAUUCGAUCAGACGGCGCCUUCCAGGACCAUCUUAGCGAUUAGAUUACCUAUCGAAAAAUUAACGGUCGAAUCUGUCGCCGAGAUUUUUAAGCCUUGUGGUGAAAUAGCUUUGAUAAGGGUGCUUAAACCUGGACGUCCCAUACCUCCCGAGGUUCGACAGGCAAUUGCGAAAAGGCCAGAUUUGUCCUCUAUCGAAGAGUGCGCUAUGAUCGAGUUCACGGAUUCGGCCUCUGCGCGAAUCGCAACUCAAAUGGCCUUGGGUGACGCAAAAGUAUUCGAAUUACGUCACUCGACUGAGAAAAAGAGGAAGCAUCAACCUAUGAAGAAAUCUACCAUCAAUAGAGUAGCGAGAGAAGAUAAUCAUAAUUCGUCUAGUUGUCCCAGCGGAUCCGAACCUGAGGAUGGGAGAAUAAGACACAAGAAAAGUUUUCAAGGAUAUCCGAUGUGUCAUACUUACCCCUUUCAAGGGUCAUCAUCACCGGACACAUGGUUAUCUCGUAAGCUCUCUUCCUGUUCCAUAUCCAGUUCCGAAAAUGGUUUUAUGUCGCGUCGUCUGUCUUCCUGUUCCGGUUCCGGUUCCGGUUCUAGUUCAGAUUCCGGUAGACGUUAUUCUACGUGUUCGUCCGGCUCCGAAGCAGCUUUCUUUCAUCCAAGUUACUCGAACAACUUUUAUCAUCACGAAAGUCGUCGUUAUUCUUGCUGUUCUUCAGCUGGUGCUUCAAUGGAAUGUCGUGGAAACUGUUAUAUCGGAAAUCGUCGUGGAUCGACCGAUUACAAGCCAUUAUUGAGAAGACUAUCGACAUGUAAUCGUAUCGAUUUCGAUACAAAUAUCAGAACAUCGACUCUAUGCUCUUCAAGUUCAGAACAGAACGUAUUUCAUCGUUCGAGAAGCAACAGUAUUAUCGCAAUGACGCAUGCGCCUGAAAACGUAACGAGAAUGCCAUCAGGACCCGACGGUACUCGUGGCUUUCUCAAUCGUUCCGCAAAAAUAUCGAUGCCAGCAGAACUUGUUUAUCGAAUAAUAUGAAAGGACUCGUAUCGAUGCUAGCGGAAUACCGAAUGAAAUAAAUUAUAAUAAUGAAAUAUC